GCGUUGGAAAAUUCUUUGAUCCAUUGUUUCAUUCGAGUUGAUCCUUUUUCCCAAGUAUAUCAUUCAUUUUUCUUUGAUUCUUUCAUCUGCAUUAUCUAUGACAUGAUUCUAAUGAGAGAGUAGCUCAAAGGCAGCUUUAGCGGCUCCAGAGCAAAUCUUCACGCGAUUAUUGAUCAUGGUGUCAUUUCUCUUCAACAUGGAUUAUUAUCAACACAAGAACAAACGUGUUUACACCGCAUAAGCUUUUUAUGAAUCAUAAUAUUUGUAUAGAAGCAUAUUUCGGUAUUUUCUUCAUAACUACUCCAUUUUUAAAAUCCCGAGCCGAACGCAUUUUAAAAUAAUAUUAAAAAGAGAUUGGAAUUGUUAAUUUGAUUUGCAGAUGUAAACAGAUUCGACACUCCAGUAUUAUGUUUUUUCCAAAAGAAAAUUUUGAAUCCGGAAUUCCAGAUUAACAAGACGGGAUGAGUAGAGAGAAAGAAAAAUUAUUUGUUACAUGGUUUAAAUAUGUUAUUGUUGUAUUUGCAAUAUUUUACCCACCUUACAUCAGCUGUUCAAAAACAGAAUCAUUUCUUCACUACAUCAAUCCAAGUAUUGUAAAACAAUAUCCACCCACUAGGCCUCGCCAUCAGAUUGAAUAUUUCAAAGGAGAAUACAUUAAAGGAAGAGAAUCUGAAAUUCAUAAAAGAUUUCAAGGUGAUAAAGUAUUUCAAAUAGAACCUUCUGAUGCUAUAGAUGUUGCAAAAUAUUCUCAACCAGCUUUAAGUCAUCAAGAUAACCAUUCUUUAACUGUUAAAGUGCCUUCAAUGACUGUUUCCACUGUUAAAUUACCUUUGCCGACUCAGUAUUCUGAUAUUCCAAAUUUACCUGAACAAACAGUUCCAUCAAAAAUAGUGCCAAAUAAUGCAUCUAAAUCUAUAAGAGAUUCAAGAUAUAUUGAGUCAAGUCUAGAUAAAAACUCUAAUUUACCCAAAAGUUCUCUUGAAAAUGAUUACAAACUCCAAAAUGAAGGAAUGGCUGACAUUCAGUCAGACAUGGGUUUCGAUGAGGAAUCAUCUCUCAAAACAUCUCAAAGUAAAAAUAAUUUCAGUGAUAUAGACUCCCAUAUGCUUCCUGUACCAUCUGAUGCUAUUUUAAGCUAUCAAACACCUUCUGUGGACAUAGAAAGUGAUUCUAUUUCAGAAAUAGAUGCUUUACACGAGACUAAAGAAAAGGUCAUUAAUAUUUCUAGUCAAUAUUCAGGAAAACCAAUUUUGACUUUCUCUAAUUCAGUUAUUCUUAACACUGAUUCACCCGAAUAUAGGACUGAACAAACAAACACUUAUAAUAACUAUCAUCAUGUUGGAGUUUUAAAUUUAACUGAAUCAAUUGAAGAUGUUCUUAGCACUUCAACUAUUCCAUCCAUGUAUGAUGAAGGUAAUUUCUCAAGUAAUGUACCUUUCUAUAAAAAUGAAAGUGGUAAAUUAUCUUCAGGAACAGUUGCUGGGAUUGUCAUUGCUGUUCUUGUGUGUGUAACACUUUUAUCUAGUUCUGUGAUAUAUUUAUUAUAUAAGAAGUACAAUGGAAAGUGUACUAGUGUAGUAGAAAGCAAGUUUAACACUGACAAUUGUGGAUAUUUAGACGACAGUUUACGAAGUAGUAUAUACUUAAACAACCAUAUCGAACUUCCUAAGGAAAGUUCAGAAGAAAUGAGCUCAUUAGACAAUGAUUCUUUUUUAAACAGCUUAGAAACUAUGACAAUACAGAAUUAUUGGGCUGAUAACUCAAAAAAUACUAAAGUGUGAAAAUCUCUACUUAACAAUUUUUAUGUGGCCCUUAAAUUAUUGAGCCUGUAUUUAUAAAUUUUAAGUUUAAGCAUGCUUUCUCUGGGUCUUACAUAGAUCCAGUUUCUUGUUAAUAAAUUAUCUUAAAAGAG